CCUUCUUGUACACUUUAUUCUCAACAUGAAGGUCUACAUUUUCUUCGCGGCGCUAGUAGCAGCGGUUGUCAUUAUAGAAUGCUCACAUACAUUUAUGGGGACCAACGUGCUGAGACAGCAGGUCUUGCACCGCGACGUUAAGUACAGCUCAAGGAUGUUCAGGAAACGGGUUGAACUAUUCAACUUUACGAUGCCCGCAUCAUUUGGUUACGGAAGAUCUAUUCAGGGUAUCCUCGCCUACGAUAGGACCAACUCUGAUGCUUCUGCCAACGUGACAUCAGGAGGACUUGGCUUCAACUACUUGACAUUACGCAUGAAGAGCGAGCGCGGGAAUGACAUACACUUCGACGUUUACAUCUACGCGUAGGCUUGACAGAAAGUUUACAAAUACAUACAAAUAUGUAAACUAAUACGAAAAAAAAAUGGUGUA